GUAGAGAGAGAGAGAGAGAGAGAGAGAGAAGGGCGGUUGUCUUGAGAAGCAGGAAGGAGUAAGGAGAGGUUGGCGGACCUCGACCGCUGCGGCUGGCGGGUUCCGUCAUAUUGGAUUUGCCCCGCGACUUUGUGCUGGUACGUUCUCCCUCCGCCCUUCUCCCUCUCUCUCUCGUUGAGGACUCUUUCCCCGGAGGGGGAACUGCACCAAUCAAUGGCGAUGGCUAUGUCUCGUCGGCGCAACAGCGACUGGAUAGGGCUGCUGGUGAGUCUGUCGCAUCGUCUUUGGUGGUGGCUUGCCAUCGUGUCCCUUCUCUCUCUGUUGGGCCAAGAGGUGUUCCGAAGUGCUGCUGGCUAUGGUGCAGGUUUGAAGGCCGAUGCUGCUGAGCUGGAAGGCUUUGGCGACGAGACGGAGGAGGAAGGGGAGGAAGAUGUCCCCGACAUCUUGUCGAGGCCAGCGCCCGGUGCAAAGCCUGGGCCUCAGACCGAUCGAGGACCGCCCGCCGCCCCUUACGAUAUCCCUGCCACCGAGCAGGAGGAAGCCGACGGUAAGAAGAUGAAGAAGGGUGGUGAUGGGGGAGAAGAAAGGAGGAGAGAGCCGAGUUCGGCCGAGGGUGGCAGGUCAGCAGCAGCCGCGAUGGAAACGGCGCAAGGAGGGGGAAAGAGAGCGCAGCAGUUAUGGGAUGAGGAGGAGUUCGAAGGCCUGCCGGAUGCGAUGGGGGGGUCGGCCUGGGCGGAAGGGGGCGGCGCAGGGGGAGAGGAGGGGAGAAGAUCGGUGGUGAUGGGAGGUGGGGGAGCAAUUCCGUCGUCGGAGGCGCAGAAUCAAAGUGGGGCGAGGCGAAGAGGCGCCAAAGAAGGCGCAGGAAAAGGCGGCGCCACGGGCAGGGGCGGCGCGUCUUGGCGGAACAAGACCCAUCAAGGAGGGGGUUUGUCUAACUACGUGAUGGAGAUCGGGGUUGUCAUCUUCUUAAUUGCGUAUGUGAUUAAUUUUUUCUUUGGUCGGAAGGCGAACGAGAGGAUCGCGGUAGCUUGGGCGGAGCAAUUCGCAGGGAGAGGGAGUAUUAUCGAGAAGAACUUCAGCUUGAUAGGUGUUGGAAGCUCCCUGCCGGCACUAUCGGGGGAGAAUGGAGGCGUUGUGGGAGAGGUGGGUGAAGGAGGAGGUGGAGUAGGAGGAGGAGGAGGUAAUGGGGGCGGUGAAGAUGAGGCACUGAUGCUAAAGGAGGGACAGAACGUGUUCAAGUUCUAUGCGAGUGGGAGGCGUUUCUGCGAGGGUUUGCUAGCGACGCUGGACCUACGCGGGCGCCACGAUCUCUUGCUCCUUUUGUGGUACUUCUUCUCUCCGCGCAAGGACCUUAUCACCAUUGAAGUUGACAUGAACGAUGAAGACAUGGACCACGUCGUCUUCGCCAUCGCUAGGAGGAAGAGCGCCAAAUCCAUGCACAAGGAAAACAAGGACUUGCAGCAGUAUGCGACUAUGUUGGACUUGUCCAUGAAGAAGAACUGGCCGAGUGAUGAGUUCUCAGUUAUUGCCGAGUCUCGAGAGCUGGCUCUUGACCUCUUGCCAGAUGCAUUGGUAGACCAGGCGCGUGCAAAGGCCGAGGCUGCGAGGUUGAAGGUGGCACAAGAGGCUCAUAAGGAGGCACACAACGCACGUCAAGAAGCUCUGCAGAGGAAGCGAGCGGAUCGGCUGGCGGCGAUGAAAGAAGCUGAGUCUGCCCUCAGCCGUGAGGCACUGAGGAGGAAGGAAGAGAAGAACCGUGCACGGGAACUGAAGCGUGGUAUGCCCAGGAUUAGGAUCUCAAGAGCACACUAGGAGAUUGCCUGGUCGCAUGCCAUGGGGCCCGUAGGACGUGGUUUCUGAGUUUGGUGCAGAAGGAACCCCACUUGUGUGUCGAAAGGACUGCGGUAUUGUGAUUCACGCUUGUUUGCAUUUUACUGGUGGCUCGUGUUCGUCAGGAAAGUCAUGCUUCUUGUGGUUUGGGAUCGACCGCCCACCCCCUUGACCGAAGCCUUCAUCUGGCUUGGAUGACCUUUACCCUCGCUGCACUUGUUGGUCCCCGGUCCAACCUGAUGCCCUCUAAUUUGAGAGAUUCAGGCACUACUCAAUUUUUGUGAUAGAUAGUGCCAAAUAAUGAUUCUGAUUUGCCUGUCAGCUGUUGUGUUGGGGUGUCUCAUACUGAGUGGCUGUAGUUGGUGGCUGCCUUUGAUGACGAAGGGAUUAGCUGACAUCGACCCUGCACGGUUGUAUUCAAGGGGAUUCAACUUUGUCUUUCCGUCUCCCCGCUGUUUCUCUGUUCUGCUCGGCGGUUUUCAACUGCCCUGUCCGGGUCUGUACUCCGUUUCAGGGGCCGGGAAGGGGGAGAUUUUCCUCUUCUUUUUUUUUGUUUUGGUGUGUGUGUGUGCGGGGGGGGUAGUAUUCUUUUGUUCUCCUCCUCUUGUUGCUGAUGGAUUUCCUUUGCUUUUCCUUUCGGUUUCUGUUUGCUUUCGCUUUUGAUUUCUGUAAUCCUGUCCUCUCUCCUCAAAAAAGUUUUCUUACCGAGCAAUGAAGAGCGGGAGGGAGAACGAACAUUGCAAUCGCUUGUAGUCGAAACUACAAGAAAGAAAGUUGCUGUGCAGCCAUUUGGGAGAAGGGGACAUCUGUAAUGGGACGUAGGGCGGAUUUGUGGAAUUUUGUUUUGGAUGCUAAGGAAAGGUCAUGUUGCAAGAAGCGUGGCAUGUGGCACAGGUGAGGAGGAGCUGAGUUGUGUGACUGAAGCAUGUGGCAAGUUGUGUUCAGUGUGUAUGCCGACGACCGCGGCAUCAGCAGCAGUCGUGGCGGUGGCAAUGGUAGCAGCAGCAGGAGCAGGACGUUGACCACCACAAGAUUGCGGUCCACCUUGUAAAGUGAAAGAUAUACAAUAUGAUAAUUAUUAUUAUAAUGAUAAUUAUCGUAUAUUGGAUAUCUAUAAUAUGAUCUGGAUAUCUUGGUGGCAUGCAGUUGUGAAAGGGACAUCGCUUGCUUUGCAGCGGCAGCAGGCCGUUUGCUCACACACGUACAGUGGCGCCUAUAAGGCGUUUGUUGAUUGUUUCUGGGACGACCGGUGAUAUGGUGGUGAUGUAUGCAAUUGGAGGACAGGAAAGGGUGGUUGCAUGAUCUGGGAUAGUGGAAGGAAGACACUGAUUUCUGUGUGUUCGUCGUACCCAUCUCUGAAACAUUACUUUUCCUUCAAUGGGUUUAUGAAUGAAUACCUUCCUUCUUU